GCAAGACGAUCAUGUGGUGGUGGUGGAGCAAAUUAAAGUUACCCAGUCCCUCAGCUAGAUUUUUAUUAGGGGAGGGCCAAAGCCUUCAAGUCAAUGGUAAUUGUCAGCCACUUGCUCCUUAUCUUUAGUUCUUUGCCUUUCUUCCCCUCCACUUGAAAAUUUAUCCUCUUCCUCUUCCUCUUCCACCUACUGAGAAACCGGAGAAGAUGGCAAUAGUAAUCGAUGCACUUGCAGAAGCAGCUGUUUCUAAUCUGUUCCAGUCUGUAACGAGUUUGUUGAAAGACAAGGUGGACCUCAUCCGGAAUGCCAAAUUCGAACUCGAGAAGCUCCAGGAGAAGCUGGAACGCUUGCAAAAGACCAUCAAAGUCGUGGAGCGAAAGCCAUUUUUCAGCAACGAGCGCAACAGAGAUCUAGAGGCAGAGCUGAAGGACGUUUUGUAUGAUGCCCAGGACAUAAUCGAAAGAUACCAAACCACAAUUGCACUUUGCAAAAGUGACAAGCAUCCUAUAACUUCAUGGAACAAGGUAAGCAAGCCCUGGACCACUAUGUGUUCUUGCUUCAAGGAACAUGUAUCUGCUUCCUACAAACUUGCAAAUGAUAUUAAAAAUAUCAACCAAAAGCUUGAUAAAAUAGAACAACGUAAGGAAAUGAUGGAUUUGCUCAACACAACACCAAAAGUUAAGAGUGAGGAUCCUGUUGGUGGUGAACAUGACAAUCCUCGAGAGACAACCCAUCUCACAAGUACUGCACAGCCUCCCAUGGGAAGGGUGGAUGAUAAAGAGAAAGUAAAAGAACUCUUGUUUCAAGGCUUUACAGAGAGUAGUGUGCCAGGAAAAGAUGGUGUUUCUAUUGUAUCCAUUGUAGGUCAGGGCGGGAUUGGGAAAACAACUCUUGCAAAAAUGGUUUUUAAUGAAGUUGAAAAACAAUUUGGAAAACGCAGGUGGUGGGUUUGUGUUUCAGAGAAUCCAAAUCGUACGGGUUUGCUGCAAAAGAUACUAAUUGAGGUAUGCAAGGAAUUUGAAGGAGAAACCCUUAAGGGUGUCACUUCCUUCAGUGAUUUGUGCACACGAUUACAGAGUGAGCUGUCAAUGAGCAAGUUCUUAUUGGUCUUAGAUGAUGUAUGGGAAUUGGGUUGGUGGGAAGGAGAGGUAGAGGGCAUCCUGUUGGGAGGUGCAAAAGAGAGCAAGAUUUUGAUCACCAGUAGAAAAGUAGAAGUCUCCCAAGGGAUUGGUGCUAAAAUGCAUAAAUUGCCAAAAAUGUCUUUCGACGAAAGUUGGAGCUUGUUUCUGCAUGUGGCAUUGAAACAAGAACAUGAAUUGGAGAGUCACAACUUGAAAAUUAUAGGGGUGAAAAUAGUGGAGAAGUGUGGUGGGUUUCCACUUGUUGUCCAGACGGUGGGAUCCUUAAUGCGUACAAAAAGGAUGACGAAGGAUGACUGGGAAAGCGUUGAGAAGAGUGAGAUCUGGGAAUGGAAGAUGCCUGCCUCAUCAUCAUCCUCUGAAAUAUGUGGAAGCAUUUUUCCUGGUCUCAUGCUGAGCUACGAUGACUUGCCGCAUUAUUUGAAGAGUUGCUUUGUAUAUUGUUGCAUUUAUCCAAAGGAUUAUGAGAUAAAAAGACAUAGAUUGGUCAUGCAAUGGAUGGCGCAUGGAUUAAUUGGCCAAAAGAAAGGCAUUGAUGUGGAAGUGACUGCUAACCAAUGGAUUAAUGAUCUGACAAACCGGUUCAUGAUUGAAGAAACUGAAUACAAGAAUAUCAAAUUGCAUGACAUUUUGCAUGACCUUGCCUUAUAUAUAGGUGGAAAGGAAUAUAGCCAUGUCUCCACUACUAAGCACACCCGCCAUCUAUCAUUACUUGGUGUAGAUGAUGCAGAAGUGCACAAACUUAAUGCCUCGGGAGCAGCAAAUAAGCUGCACACAUUGUUGGUCGAUUCCAAUUUUGGUUCCAAGUCAAACUGGCAUUUGGUUUAUAUUAAACGCUUAACCACCAAUUUCAAGUGGUUGAGGGUGUUGUCAUUGAGGGAAUAUAGCAGAGAUAAGCUGCCAAAGUCCAUUGAAGACCUUUCACUGCUAAAAUAUUUUGAUCUAAGCUAUUCUGACGUGAGAUGGUUGCCCAGUUCAAUCGGUAGACUCUAUAACUUGCAAACAUUAGAUUUAAGUCAAAGUAGAAUUGAAGAAUUGCCGAAGGAAAUGGGUGAACUGUGCAACUUGAGGUAUCUUGGCCUGAAAGGGACAAGGUCAUUGAGAUUUGUAGCUGAAGGCCUGGGGAAGCUUACUAAUUUACGGACAUUGCAUAGGUUUAUGGUAUGCGAUGACAAAGGGAAGACAAGAGGUUGCAAUAUUAAUGAACUAAAAGACUUGAACAAACUAAAGGGGGAAUUGUCAAUUGGAGGUUUGCAGGGGGGAAGGGUGAAAGUGAUGGAUGCAAAGGAGGUACAUCUUAAGGAAAGGCAUGAGCUAAAUGGUGUGGAAUUGGUCUUCGGUAGCCUUACUGAACACAGGAGAUUGGUAGGGGCUUUGGAAUUGGACUUAGAGUUCCCAAAAUUUGAGAAAGCGGAAAUUUAUUUUGAGGAGCAAGAGGAUGAAAGAGUGGGUAGUGCUUUUGAAGAGAGGGGUUUGCUGGAGGCUUUGGAGCCUCCGCAUGGCAUAGAGAGGUUGGCAAUUUGUGGUUAUAAAGGAGAUGGGCCUGUGUGGUAUUUGGAUACCAAUUAUAAGAAGCUGCGGACACUGUCGCUGCUAAGUUGCCCAUCAUGGGCAACAGUCAUAGGAAUUAAAUCAUUGGAAAAAUUGGAGGUCAGAGAAUGCCCAACAUUGGGUGCAUUGCCAAGCAUUCCUUUGCUGAAGUCCUUGGACAUUAAGUGGUGUGAUGGGCUCAACACGAUAGGUGACUUGCCAGCAUUGGAGUCGUUGGAGGUGAAGGGAUGUGGGAGGGUAGAGCAAGUAGCUGAUGAUCACAUGCCAGCUUUAAAGACGUUGAAGUUGUCUGACCUGAACAUUUUGAAGCAGCUCCCUACUCGCCUUCCUUCACUUGAGGAAUUGGAGGUGACUAAUUUGCCCAACUGGGAAACAACAUUUACUUCUAUGCCAUGCUUAAGAAAGGGGAUAUUUAAAAAUUGUCCAAAGAUGCAGAUGGAAGGCUUGAGUGAUGAGUUGGCAGGGCUCCAAAGGCUGACAGUGAGGAAUUGCCCAAGUGCAAGAUUGGGAUGGAAAUUGCUGGAGCAACUGCCUAACCUCAUUUACUUAGAAUUGGAUUCAGAAUCAACAGUACUAGUGCCAUCGCCAUUGCCAUCACAAGUAUCGGCAUUUCUAUACUCCCUUAAACAUCUGGAUUUGAGAGACAACACAAAUGUUGAUGGGCUCAAAUGGGGAAGGGUGCCUGAGUGGGUGUGGGGUCUCUCUCAACUGGAGGUAUUGUACCUACACUCUUUCUCCGAGGACAUCAGCUUGGGAGGCCACUGGCAAUGCCUCCCCAAACUGAGAUACCUAGCGCUUUGGUACUUCCCCAAUCUGAAGUCUGUGGUGGAGGUGAAUAAUACUAUUACUGCCCAACAACAACAAAAUGGAACAACAUGUCCCUCUGAUGCACAGCAACAACAGAUCGCCUGCGUCUCCAACCUUCAAUCGUUGACAAUUCUCAGAUGUCCUGCACUCCAUCUGCCGCAGGAGUUAAUCGACCAUCUUGGGAAAAGAUUACACAUAUAUAGCUAAUGUUACUGAAAAUCGAAGACAAAUUGUAAUUAAUUAUUUUGGUUACAUAUGCCUCUUCUUUCUUCCUCUCCCUCUUGUUUGGUUUGGGUCUGGUAAAUUGAAAUGUUGUUGAACUGAACUGGCGUACCUUUUAUGCA